AUGGCUGGCAAGCGUCAAGCAACAAAUCACACCAUGGGGAAAAUUCAACAUCAGAUGCAUUUCAACUUUUGCACGGACCGUGCCCUUUUCCUCGAGUGCCAAAUGGCAGAUGACUCGGCAUUAAUUCUUGCGCGACAUGACCAGGGUUUGAUUGACGCCCGUCAGAUGACUCGUUUUCUAGGACAACCAGGUUACUCGAUCAAGAUGUUUUUGGGCUCUGUGGCUGAUAUGUCUAUUGGAGAACUGGCACCGCUUACAGAAGAAGACGGCCAAGAGAUUAAUAAUUGGAAUUCAGACGAGCUUGAAUCAAGUGACGCCUGCAUCCACGACGUGAUAGCUGGGAGGGCUGCUGACAGGCCCGGUUCAACGGUCGUCUUUGCCUGGGAUGGCGAGUGGACUUAUGCGGAGCUCAACAGCCUCUUCUCUCGCCUAGCAGCGCAUAUCCAAUCUCUUGAUCUAGGCCGAGAACAGGCCGUACCAGUAUGCUUCGAGAAAUCGAAAUGGGUUGUCGUGGGAAUACUCGCUGUGCUCAAAGCUGGUCUGGCCUUUACACUCAUUGAGCCGUCAUACCCCCCCGCUAGAAUUGCGCAAAUCUGCCAACAAACGUGGGCCAAAAUUGCUCUGGUUUCCAAAGUCCAGUACAAUACUCUCCACAAUGUCGUACCUCAGUGCAUCAUAGUCGACGAGGAGCUUUCUCAGUCCUUGACAGGCCAUGAAGUUCGCUUUAUAUCUGGCAAUCGCAAAGCCCCAAAAUUUAGCUUAUAUCAUUCUCACUUCUGGCAGCACAGGAGAGCCAAAAGGCUGUAUGAUUGA